AUGAAUGCUUCUUCAUCUCAUUUGACAUCUUAUGGUGGCACAAAUGCUGUUGAUUCUCUCCUUCCUGCUCCAUUGAGCAAUUAUGAAUUGUCCCGAGAAGUUGAAGCACUUAAAGCAAGAGUAGAUUGUUGUGAGGAACUCAUCAUUUAUCUCUGCGAUCAACAAGAACAAGAGCAAGAAGAGAAACAGGAAAAGAAACAACAGCAACAACAACAACAGCAGGCAUCUCAAGAGUUCUCAGUACCUGAGACCAUGAAAUCAGACCUUUACUUUUGUCCAGAAAAGCUAGAAGACCACCAAAAACGAUUUUAUGCGGAAAUCAAGCGAAGUCUAAGCUCUGCUACUAAUAAUGCGGUGGCAAAGCUAGAACAGCCUAGCUUCUGUAGACUAGCAUACCUGAGAAAUGAUGUUUCAGAGCUCUUAAAGAAGCCAAUUAGAGACUACUGGACAGAAAUAUUGUCUAAUCACAAAGCUCUGACUAUUGCCAAAGAAUAUGAACACCUCAAAAUGUUAAAGAAAAAAACACACGAGGAACUCUUUGAAGAUGCAAUUCUUCAGUAUCCAUUGGCUAAUGAAGGAGAAUCAGACUUGAUUAAGAAAUGUAUUAUGUUGAUCAGAAAGAAGGAAAAGAUUGAUAUCUUUUCGCAGCAAAGCAAUGCCACUGAAAGUUUUUGUUUGUUUCUUUAUACCAUUUACCCCAAUACGCUGUAUACCAUGACAAACUGA